ACAUCCAUCUCUUACCUGUCCUCAACCCCUUUGCCGCUCUUCCAUCUCUCCACCCCUCUAUAGUCACUGGAGCGAUCGCUAGUCCUUACAAGGAAACCUGUAUCCAUCGUGUCAUCGUAUCUUCACAAACCACAUCAUGAACCAGACCCAGGCUGCGCUUCGUGCCUUGCCCAGUGACCUAGUCACAAAGCUAUGCCGCUCCAAAGUGACCAGACUGUCGCUGAAGCAAAUACAUGUGCUGGAGCCCAAGAACCACAAUGCACUGGUGAUCCCAGCUCUGUUUCUGCACCAAGAACUGCCCAUUCGACUGUCCCAUGCGCUCAACAUGCUGAACUCGAACCUCCUGCCCUUCAACAUGUCGGAAAUGCCUACCUUCCAGCACAUUGCUAGAUCGUACUUGGAAGAUAUUAGUUUGAUCACGCAGAUGCCCAAGCCGUCGACACCUCAGCUUGAGGAGGAAUUCACGGCAUUGCUCCGGAAUCUGGAGCAGCGACACAAGGUGAAGAUGUUGACCAUCAGUCAAGGGUUCAAGGAGUUCAUGAACUCCGUGGCCGCGGCCCAAGGUGCUGGUACUGAUGCUGCCGAGAUUGGUCAUUGUGGACUGCAUUUCAACCGCGACACGAACCGAUGGACGGUGGAUCCACAAACGGACAGGGAUAUCCAGACAUUUUUCAAUCGGUUUUACACCAUUAACUUGGGUACCCGCCUCUUAAUCGGUGAGCAGCUCGCACUUCAUGACCGAGGACUAAACCUCGUCCAGCGUGUCCAUCCUCUCUCGAUCUCCAAGCGCGCGAUCCAAGAUGCGCAGCGGGUGUGCUCUGCCCAUUAUGGCCAACCUGCACCAUCGGUGUUGAUCCAGACCCCCAAUCCGGAUAUCUCGGCAACGUACGUGGAAGAGUUCCUGCAUCGCAACAUUUUCGAGCUCCUCAAGAACGCCAUGCGCGCUACCUGCGAGACGCAUCUUCAAGAGGGUGCGCCGGUCUCACUCAGCAUGACUGCUCCCACGGGGCCAGCGACGGGAUCAAAACUGCCACCAAUCACGCUCACGGUCGUGGAUGGUGAGGAGGACGUGACGAUCAAGAUCGCAGACCAAGGCGGUGGAUUGGCUCUGUCCGAGCUGGACAAGGUCUGGAGCUAUGUGCAUUUCGCCAAUUCGACAGCGGCGGCCUCUGUUUCGCGGUCGCAGAAGGAAGGAGGGGUCUCUGCGGGCACUGUGGCGUUUAUGGGCGGACUGGGGAGCGAGGUUAAGGAUUACUUGGAUCUGCCGCUGAGUGGAUCGGGACACGGGUUGCCACUGGCCAGGCUGAUCGCCAAGUAUUUCGGAGGAGAUUUGUCCCUGUACUCGAUGGAGGGCCAUGGCACGGACUCGUACCUUUCGCUGUAUCGGGAUGUUGACCAUUUGGAGAAUUUCCCGGAAGUCGACGAAGAGAUGUUGGCGGAGGUGGAUGUGUUUGUGAACGAGCUUCUGGAUGAGUGUGUUGGUGCGGAGGAGUCGAGCGUCGUUUCUGGAUUGCGACUCAAGGCGCCGCUUCCAACGCCGGUAACGUCCUUACCGUCGAGCAUGGUUCUUGGAUUGAGACAGAGCCAGGGCCAGGCCAACGCUUACAGCAGCACCAGCACCGGCAGCAGCACUAGCAGCACUAGCAGCACUAGCAGCAGCAACAACAGUAACAUUAAGAGCGCAAAUAUGCCACUGGAUAUUGGGUCGAUUACUCCUCGCAGCGGCACGACUUCGCCCGCGUUGUGAAACGCAAGCAUGUGAAGAUGAAUUUAACAAGGCCGAACCAAAAUGGGAGGCGUCAACAGAUUUCUUUCUUAAAUGAAGCUGUUUUGUCAUGGAUGUGAGCCCUGUCCGGUCGGUCCAUGCCCUACGGGC